GAUAUAGUUUAAUGAAUCAAUCAAUAAAUAAAUGAACACAAGAACGAGAAUGCGAGCAAAUGAAAGAAUAGACUUUUUUAACAUAUAAAAGCUUAUACACAUACUUUUUUAGAAACUGGUUUUGUAAGGCAGGUUUAAUGUUUCGUAAAAAAAUCAUUUAUUUAAGCCUGAAAUGUUUCUUAAUUUUUUUAAUCAUUUUAAGCUUUUUUACACUCAUGCUACUUUCUCAUGCUACAUGUAUCUUCUCUUUUUUACUUCUAAUAAGCUUUCUUUCUUUCCUUCUUUUUAUUCUUCUUUUCAUAAAUUUAUUUAUUACGUCUUAUCUACUGAAGGAAAAUUUUCUCUUUUUUUAAUAACUUCGAAAACCUUUCUUGUUUUCUAUACUACCAUCAAGAUUGCACUGUUUCUUUUACGUCCUUGCCACUUUCAGCCUCUUGUUUCUUAAACUUCGCACUGUAAACUAGAAUUUCGCGAAUGUAAAUUGUGUGAUCUUGUCUAAUAAAUAUAUAGCCUUGCAUCAAAAACAGUUUUUGUGAACUAUUUAUCACUUUUCUGACAAGUAGAACCAACAAAUUGAAAUGCCAAUACCGAACUGUACUGGUCCAUACAAUGUUGGUUGUGUUGAUAUUAUGACUAAGGACAAAAGCAUACCAAAAGACUUUCAUGAUCCAUAUUCUGUUUGUCAUGCUGAGUUGGGUUCGUUCUUCCGUUUGUUUUAUCCCUGUGCUAAUGUUGAUGUCUCACAAUACAAGCAAGCAACAUGGACGCCAGAACCAAAUCAAAAAAUUUACGCUUAUGCAUUUAUGAAGCAUCUUAACAUUAGUCCACGCUGGUUUGGUUGGCUAUCACAUUUGCUUACUAAAAACAUCAAGAUGCAUGCUUAUGAAGACGUUCCUGUUAUUGAUCAAGAGUCGUGGCAGGGCAUGCAAAAUCUUUCCCACCUAAAAAAGAAGUCGAAUUUUCCUCUUGUUUUGUUUAGUCAUGGUCUUGGUGGUCAACGUGCAAUGUAUUCGGUAUUUUGUACUCAACUGGCUUCUGAAGGCUUUAUCGUGGCGGCUGUGGAACAUAGAGAUACAUCAAGCACAAGUUCAUAUGUUAUGAGUAAUAAUGAGACGAUUGAAGUACCAUAUUAUGUCACACCAACUGUUGAUGAUGGUGACAAGGAACGCUUUCGGCUACGAAACACACAGUUAGAACAGAGAACACGGGAGAUGAUGGCUGCGUUGGACACACUUGAAGUAUUGAAUAACAAUCCUUCAACCAUUCAAAAUAUGAUGACUGUACAAUUUGAUUUGUGUACAUUAAAGGAUCGUAUCGAUGUGGCGUGUCCUUUAAUAAUGGGACAUUCGUUUGGUGGCGCAACAAUGUUAAAUACUUUGAAAAGGGAUCCGCGAUUAAAAUGCGGGAUAGGUUUAGAUGUUUGGUUUGUUCCAUUGUCUGAUGAUUUUUACAACGAUAAUGCAAGUACGGAUAAGCCUGUUCUUUUGAUCAACACCGAACGAUUUAAUUGGAAGAAAAAUCUAGCAAGAUGUGAAAAAUAUAUCAAUAACACCACUAAAGAUUACAUCGAGUUUCUCACAUUAAGAGGUACUGGUCAUAUGGAUCAAACCGACGUUCCAGGUGUGGUACCACAAUUCAUUGCGUCGUGGAUAAUAAAAAACCAUCCAGAACAAAUGAAGUUUGCUGAUGCGAUUCAUGUGCAAAGAAAAAUCAUAUUUGACUACUUUGGGAAAUAUCUACACCGAAAUGAAACUCCGGUGAGACUGUUGGAUGAACAUUACGAGCUGGAUGACGCCUUCAUGGUAGGGUCCAAUAUUACCUUGACGGAUGCCGAUGAAACGAAAAGUUUAAAGAAUUAGCUUGCAUAGCAUACCGCGAAAUUUGACCUCGUUUUUUUUUAAUUAUAUCCGCAAUAUAUACUAAUGUUGAUAAUACUGGUAUAUUAACCUAGCGAAUAUUUUAUUGAUUUAGUUUACUUUAAUCGUGACCUGAAAGGUAUUGAUGAAAAUUAUUGGAUUUUUGGAAUACUGAAUGGAGUUGGAUACAACCUUUUAAAGUUGCUUCCUAUUGAUUUUUGUUUAUUUCAGAUUUAAUAAGACGCUACAAAAAUGCGUUUUAUUUUAACAAUAAAUGGCUGAAUACGAAAUUGCGUAGAAAAUAUGAAAGUGAAAGAUAUUAUAAAGCCAUAGCCUUAACAUACCAGUGCGUUAGGUAAGAUAUUGUCUCUUGAUCACAGGAGUAACGCUUUUGUAAUUUGCCGCAUUUAAAAAAAGUAAUUAUUUUUUUUAAUUUGUAAAUAUAUGACAUAAAUUUUUCUCUUUCUGAACCAUACAUUUUUUAUACACGAAGCCGGAUCUCUAUUCAGCAAUUUUUGUGCGCCUGAGCUUUAGCGCCCUGUUCUUAGCAUGCGCAAUGCCAUUAUUGCGUAAUAUGAAUAAAUGAUUGGGCGCGCACUAAUUUGUCCUGUGCGCUUUGCAAUCGCGCGCUCAAAAUCGCUAAAAGGAGAUCUGGCAUAAGGUUUUACACAAUUAAGAACACAUCUAGGACUUUCUUAUAAGGACACAUGUAAGAAUUCAAAAUAAAUAAAAUAGAACAAUCCA